GGAGAUUGCGUGCAAUGUGGUGAAUUCACAAGAAUGUGUCAUAGUCACUUGGCUCACAGCAAAGUGUUUGGGGGUUGUUGGAGCGAUUACAGGCUCUCGGUGUUAGGAUUCCGGUUGUGGGUCAUCGUUGUUGAUGGUGCGGUGUUUGCUUGCUUACGGUGCACGUUUUGUCAACUUAGAGUGGUGAAUUCGACGCAGAGGGAGGUUAAUUGUUACAGUUGUUGAGAUUGAAAGUGUCGGUCGAUGAGCGUGCAGCUUCUGCCUCGUCGCUGUGCAGUCAUGUCUGGAUUGUCACGUCUACUGCGAUUGGAAGUAUGAAACCAUGGGAGGGGAAUUAACUGUGAGGUGGACACAUUAAGUAGUUUCAGCGACUGUCCCAAUUCGCUGCAGGCAAUUUGCCUCAACGGACCUGUACCCGUUGUUACAAUUCGCCAAACGCCCAUUGGAUUUUCUCCUUCGUUUUUACUUUUUUAGUUUGAUUUUGUAGUGUAUUCGAAGAGGAAGGAUUGCCGGUAUCUAGAACUCCUCAUUCCACAGAUUUUACCAAGGAAGUGAGCCAAUUGUGUUAGAUGAGAAUGUGUGGACUAGGCUUCGGGUUAAAACUCUAGAGGGAGUGGCUGCGUUUUUCCCUAAACCACAGUUGGCGCAAUUCCGAUGAUCAGAAUUCACAACCCUCCUCAGCGAGAUCAGAGAUACCUAUCCUCUACGCAAUGGACGCUUUUUCCUUGACACUCUCGGCUUCUCCCCCACCACCUGCAAAAGUCCGUCCUGUCAACCGUCAUUAUUUCAUUCCUGGCUUACGACAAGGCCUCCUCAGCGCGCUUCUUCCGAGGUCUAAGAGCCUAGCGAUUCUUGCAGCAGCAGGCAAAUUCUUGUACCUGCAAUACUCUCUCUCUUCUCAGCUCAACAGAAUUAAUACAAUUCUUGUGUAAUUUGAGGCUUUUCAACAGAGCACACGGAAUCAAUUCUUCGUCGAUGAGAUGAACGAAAUGACUGUUUCUCUUCCGCUGGAGGACCACAGUUUGUAACGAAGGCCAGUUGCUAUGCAUGAAUGUGGACAUUGUAUAGACUUUCGUCGACUUGGCAGAUGGAGACUUUGGGCAUCGACAUGUGUGUCAUUUGCUUGCAGAUCUUACCCACCCUGUUGUCCCAAUUUCCCUCGUGUGGGGCUGCGUCUGGUGAUCGUGCGGAGGAUUCUACCAUAAUCGCUCAUUUAGGGGUGCCAGGUGACCAAACUAGGGGAAUCAGACGCAAGGGAAAAGAGCUUCGCUGUGUUUUGGGACGCUAAAGUUUGAUUUGGGGCAGUUCGUGAUUGAGAUUGUCUGCGUUUUCGAAUACAUCUAUUUUUGAUAUACGAGUGGUCAAAACUGUAUGCGAAUUCUCACUUCGACAUUGGGAGUAUAAGCUUUAUGAAGAAGAAGGGGAUUGGAAGAUGAAGAAGGUCGAACCACAAUUACGAUUAUCACGCUCUAGGUCUAGCACUGCACCCAGCAGCUCCAGCCGAAGCAAUGUGGAUGACGAUGAAUCUCUCAGUAUGCGCAGCUUAGAUAACACUCUUCCUCACCCUACAUCUAGAAGAACUGCUGCUCCGUCGAAGGUGCUAACCAGAAGAAACAGUCUUGAUCAGCAAGCUUCACCGAAUGUACUAAACAGAAGAGCAAGUGUAGGCCAGCAAUCUUCACCGAAUGUACCAAAUAGAAGAGUAAGUCUGGGUCAGCAAACUUCGCCGAAUUUACCGAACAGAAGAGCAAGUCUAGACCAGCAGGGUUCGGGCAAAUCUUCAACUCAGAAGAAUCCCAGUCGGCGUGUCUCUGUGUGUAAGCAGUCCACUGCGAGUUCACUUGGGAAACAAAUUACUACGAAGGAAGCGGAUGUCGUGAAAAGUAGAUUUCGACAUGUUUCCAGUAAGAUUCGUGUUGAUGAAAAGGUGAAGAAAAGUGCGACACGAGACACAGAAGUGCAAGCAAUUGCUCAGGAUUUGCCUUUGGAUUCUCUUUGCCUGUGCCUUGAAAAACUACAGUCUGUGUACCACGUUGUCUCUUGUGCUCAAGUCUGUCGGCAUUGGAGAGCAGCGGCGUUUUCUGAUGUGAUCUGGAGAGCUUUCUACCUAAGGUGGUGGCAUCAAGAGGAAGAUAAUGGAGCUUCAAGUGGUUCAUCUCAGACAACUAGGAUGCCCUCAGGAUUUGAUACUUGGAGAGAUGCUUUCAAAGAUAAAUAUACUGAAGGGAAGCGGAAGAUUCGAUCCGAAGUAAUUACUCAUAGCGUGAAUGCAGGCUGGCUUCAUGUCCGUAGAAUGCCUGACAGGCGAGGGAAACAAGUUAGGGAUUGUAUGCCUGGGGCUGCGAUGCGAAAAAUCGUGGAUCAGUUGGGACUUACAUUUCAUGUACAAAUUAAUCGAGACCCAGUUAUUCGACUGAAAGGUAAGGGUUCUGUGGUUUACUUUCCUGGAUCUUGUCUCUUGCGAUAUUCCACAAAAACCACAAAGACUGGCCUCAGCCUUAAGUCCGUAAAUUCCUUCAAAGUAACAGCAACAAGCGAUAGGCUCCUACGGCACUCAUGUACAAUUGCAAAUUUUAGUGGCGGACAGUUUGAGAUGCUGUCGAGGGAAGGGCAUAAUUCUGGACCUCUGCGGUUGUUGCAGCAUGCUCCAAAACAUAGCACGUCCUUAAUUAUAGGUACAUUGUUUGAAGGCAUGCACGGAAUUGAUGGGUUUAGCAUUGAAGAACAUGGUGAGGAACAGGUACUACUUCUUAUGGUUAGCUUGCAUCUGAGCGAUCUCAUAUGGACCAUGAUGGAGCUUGGAGAUGGUGCCACACCUCAGAUUUCGCGUCGUAUAUUUCACGAUCGCUUGGAUCCUGCUUACGGUUUACAUAACUUGCAUGCAAGUAUCGAGCUUCAUACUUUUGGCAAACUCCUAUGGAAGCAAGAAUUUCGCCAGGUGUACCGGAGCCCACGAGAAUCGAUACCUGGCCAAACAGCCGUGUUUUUGCUAAUCUCAUCUCAUGAGGUGUUCCCAGGGAUCCUGACAUCGCCGUGGCGAACGGAAGUAUUCUCUGGUGAGCUUCGCGGUGUCUUUAUGUUGGAUUUCACACUCUGGGACCCCGGACUGGAGAUAGCGUGGCACUGUACGCGUGCUGUGAGAACUUAUCCAGCUGAGUUGGCCACUGUUGAGUAUGGUCCACCUGGGAUGGACGGUGAGAGGAUGCACACAGGCGUCCAGGAUGAGCAGCAAGGAGUGAGCGUGUCUAUGAACUUAUGCGUUCCAUUUGCUGAUGGAUGGGGUGCAAAGCAGGAUCAGGAGAACUCAGUAGUCAUCACAGACCUACGGUUUGCAUUGACACCCAAAUUCAUGAUAUCUUGGUACGGAGGAUCGAACCUCUAGCUCUCACACUUUAAGGAUUUUUCUUUGGCUACAAUUGGCAAGCAUACUCUUUGAGGCUUUGUAAGGAUGCGACUAUCCUCCUUACUUGUCUGACAGAGGAAUGACUACAAGAAAAUACCUAUACCAUUCAAUCGGCGCAUUCAAUUAGUUGAUCUUUGGGAUUUUUUACAGGUUGAUGUCUUAUUAAUUUAGUGUAAGAAACUGUCCCUAGAUGUUACGUAAACCAUUGUUCCAUAUGUUAUUGAUGACAUGGGUUUUACUCGUAAGUGAAAGUUAAUUGUAGAUAGCUACAACGUGUAUUUUCACGACAUGUAACUCUGUCAAGCAAAAUUGAAAAUUUGCGAACGUUGUCGCUGCAAAUUGUUAGCUGUUCUAAGAGGUUUCCAAGCCAGGCCAAUUAUCCAGCACCAAUUAUCUAGCAACAAAUAACUCCAUGGUGCGGACACUUAAAAUUGUAGCUAAACUGCUGCUAUUGACGUUUACCGACAGAUGAGAACUCUGGUUAUGAUCAAUUUUAAGUUAUCAAGUUAGAAA